CUAAGAACAGUUCUUUUCUAAUAUACAAAAGAAAAAAAAAAGCUUUGGCGCAGUCCAACUAAUUCAAACAAACCUCUCUUGAAUCCUCUCCCCAAACGCAAGAGCCUUAUUCCAACUAAUUUCCUCUGGUUUUCUCUCCACUUAUUUAUCUUCAGAUGCAAUUUUUUUUGUCGCAUGCACUGAUUAGAGGUUUUUCUUAGUUGGAGAGGAAAAAGAUUCAGCUUAAUUUAGCGAUGGCGGAACCGAGUAGGAAUUCGAACUCGUUGACGGAAACCGGAAUUCCGAACGGUUUGAACCGUAUUAAGACUCGGCGAGUCACAUCUUCGUCGUCGUCGUCGGCGAAGGAAAAGGACCAGAGGAGGAGUUCCGGAGCUGAAGAUUUUGAUAAAUUAAACGAUUCUCCGAAUUCGGUGAAGCCUCAUGUAAAACAGAAGCACCGAGUAGUCGGUAAAGGACAAGUUAAGAACAACGGUUAUCGAGAAGGGCUAAAAACCAAGAAAAUCGCAAGGUGGUUUACAACACAUCUCUCCAAGGAUUCUGAUCAGAUGUAUAGUAAUUGUAAUUUUGGAGAAAGUCGAGGGGCAAUGAAAACGGUAGCUGUGGAACCGCGUGCUCCAGAGCGGGCAAGCAGCCGCAAAAUACACAAAAGUUUGAAAAGUUUUUCACAUGAAUUAGGUCCAAAGGGUGGCAUUCUUUCCGUGAAUCCUCGUGCUCGAAGUUUUACUGAUUUGAAGGAACUCUUGGGAUCAUUGCAUUCAAGGUUUGAUGCUGCAAAGGAGGUGGUGAAUACUGAGCUUGCUUGUUUCUCAAAGGAGUUGACUGACAUUCUACAGGGAAAUGAUUUAUUGUCUCUUGAUGGACGGAGAAUGGCAGAACGUCUCCUCGUUCUGGCUAAAAAGUGCAUUAAAAUGAGCACUGCAAAGUUUAGGACUAAGUGUGAGAAGAUCGUUCAAGAUUUAACUUUGAAGAGGCAGCAAUGCCAAGCAGGAUUAUUAAAGUGGUUAUUAACUCGCAUGCUUUUCAUAUUGACAAGAUGCACCAGAUUGCUGCAUUUUGAGAUGGAUGUUGAGCCAGUUGAUGGAAAGUCUCUCCAAAAGUUCAAGAAAUGUUUAGAGCGAAUCCCUUCUCUUGAAGUGAAUUGGUUUCUCAACGAAGAGAUUGCUAGUUCUGAAUCUGGACAUAAUGUCACAAGCAAGAAUGGCUCUGUGUGUAAUUUGCAGGAAACAGAUGAUGCAGACAUUCUCACUCAACAAAGCCAGAGCCAACCUGAAGUGUCUGAUGUGAUGAGCCCCAAGGAUAUCUUGAGGACUGGAAAAGGUUCACCUUCGAGAAGCUCCUCCGUUCUUCCCAACGACCAAGAAUUGUAUAAAUUUGAUAGCGGGAUGAAUGCACAAGUAACAAACAGAACCACUUGUGGCUCAUUUAAGGAGCAGGAUCAAUUUGUAGAUGAUUCUAAUUUGAUUAUAUGCAGAAUAUGUGAGGAACUUGUUCCUAUUGCUCAUCUGGAGUCUCAUUCCUAUAUAUGUGCCUAUGCAGUUAAAUGUGACUCAAAUUACCUAGACGUAAAUGAACGCCUUUUAAGACUUGCAGACUUACUUGAACAGCUAGUAGAUUCACGUAAUUUGGGUGCUCAAGAUACGGAUGAUGCCCUUGAGACAAGACUACAAUCGUCAGAUUCUGCAAUUGCUUCUGAUACUAAUUCACCGAAGGUUAAUGAACCUCGAAAUAGGGGGGUGGAGGAGAUGUUUGAGGAUCUCCAUGGGAUGGACACUGCUGCUAUCGAGGAUCUUCAAGUGACAUCUUUUAUUAACUCCAGAGGCUACCUGGGCAGCAAACUCAACCUUUGCGGUCCACCUUCCUCAGCUGGGAGCAUGACAUCGGCGUCAUCCACAAAUACACCUCGGGCUGGAAGUUUUGAUGUCUUUUGGCUGGACCAUAACAAUUCGACUUACCUGGAGGAUGUUAAACAGAUGGCUGACCUCGCAGACAUUGCUCGCUGUGUGGCAGGCACGGAUCUAUCGGAACAAGGAUCCAAUGACUUCCUAGUUGCUUGCAUGGAAGACCUUCAAGAAGUUUUGCAAAGCAGUAAGAUUAAAGCUCUUGUUGUGGAUACAUUUGGUGGCCGGAUAGAAAAUCUUCUGCGAGAGAAAUUUAUCCUUGCUUGCAAUCUGGUGGAUGCAAAAGGCAAUGUUCAACAUCCAGAAACCAAAUUGAUUCUGGAAAAUUUAUCUCAAAGUAGUGCUGUGUCAACACCUUCACAUCCGUCAUAUAAAGACCGAACAAGUAUUGAUGAUUUUGAAAUCAUCAAACCCAUCAGCAAAGGUGCAUUUGGCAAGGUUUAUCUGGCAAGGAAACGAACAACUGGGGACUUGUUUGCAAUAAAGGUACUCAAGAAAGUGGAUAUGUUCCGGAAGAAUGAUAUUGACCGCAUAUUGGCAGAGCGUAACAUACUGAUAACAGUGCGGAAUCCUUUUGUGGUUCGAUUUUUUUACUCAUUUACCAGUAAGGACCGCCUUUAUUUGGUCAUGGAAUACUUGAACGGUGGAGAUUUUUACUCUUUGCUUCAGAAAGUUGGUUGUCUUGAGGAAGAGAUUGCUCGCAUUUAUAUUUCAGAAUUGGUGCUUGCUUUGGAAUAUCUUCAUUCUCUUGGAAUUGUUCAUCGUGAUCUAAAGCCAGACAACAUAUUGAUUGCUCAUGAUGGACAUAUCAAGCUUACAGAUUUUGGGCUAUCAAAAAUUGGCCUUAUGAACAGCACAAGUGAUUUAACACGAUCUGAAAUCAAAGACCGUACCUUUUCAGAAAUACGUUCAGAUUCAGUGGAAAGAGCUCAUCGAUCAGCUGUUGGCACUCCAGACUACUUGGCACCUGAAAUCCUUCUUGGAACUCAGCAUGGUUAUGCCGCAGAUUGGUGGUCCGUUGGGAUCAUUUUAUUUGAACUCAUUACAGGAUUUCCGCCAUUCACCGCCGAGCUUCCAGAGGUAAUCUUCGACAACAUUCUCAACAGGUUUAUCCCUUGGCCUUCCAUUCCUGAUGAGAUGUCAAAUGAAGCCCAAGACUUGAUUGAGAGGUUUCUAGCUCAUGAUCCAGAUCAGCGGCUUGGCGCAAAAGGAGCAUCGGAGGUAAAAGCUCAUCCGUUCUUCAUUGGAGUUGACUGGGACAAUCUAGCAUUGCAAAAGGCUGCGUUUGUACCUCAACCCGAAAGCAUUGAUGACACAAGCUACUUUGUCUCUCGAUACAAUUCAGUUGAACUAGGAAAUGAUGGAGAUUUCAGUGACUCUAUUUCUGACGAAUCUGAUUCAUGCUCCACUUCCGGACUUGAGAAGCUGGACGGUUUUGGUGAUCUUGCUGAGUUCAGUUCUUCUCCUCUUGAUCUUUCUUUGAUGAAUUUUUCCUUCAAGGUAUCUAACUGCCAUCUCUUCUACUCCUGUUUUUUUCUAAACAGUCUAAUGGCGUAAAGUUUUCGGGGCAAUAGCAGUUCUAAUGUUGUUAUUUAUUGGAAGGCUUUACCAUUUAGGCGAACAGUUAAUCGUAAAAGUGGGCCUUCGUUUAAGAACUACAUGCAAGUGAAUUCUGUUUGUGCCAACUUGUGUGUGGAGCUGCAACCAGAAAUGACCGUAAAGGCCGAAUUCAAGGGUGUGGGAAAGGCUUUGCAUUUUAUUUUAUUUUGGCUUUUUUAGGAGCCUUGCUUAGUUUCACGUCAAUCUUUCAAAAAUGCUUUUCAAUAUAACUAUGCUUUUCAAAAAUUUCUGCAAUAUAACUAUGCAAGAAUAGUGGAAAAGAAGAGAUGAGUCGAGAAUUAUACUGUGCAACCCUUUCUAAACUAGGCGUAGUGAAGUUUAAAGUGAUCUGCCAUUUAGGAUCAAUUCAUGAUCUAGCUAACGGCAAACUUGCCAUCCAACCAUGAAAAACUGCUGUUUACAGAGCAGUAAACCAUGACUCAUUUCGGCUGUUGUGGAAUUUUAUCAUGUCCUCUUUAGUUGGUAGAUGAACUCCAGUGUUGGUUUCCUUUCCUGCAGAAUUUGUCCCAGCUGGCAUCCAUCAACCACGAUGUGCUGUUACAAGGAGGCAAAGAUUCAUCAAAGUGCUCCUCUCCUAAUACUGUAGUACAUAACUAGAAUCGCAUUACUGUCGCAUUAAGUCUUGAUAGAGUAAAUCAAUUGGUUGAUAUUCAUGCCAAUGUUGAUUACCCGAUAGUGGUGUUGGUGUUUGAGCUGGCUAGUUCAAGCAGAGGUAAACAUCCUCACCAUCCAAAUGUAUAUAAAUGAUAAUGUGUCGCUCAACUGUGAGAACAUUGAUGGAAUUGUACAGAUGGGCCAAAUGAGAAUUUUUAAGCCCAGAACUUAGCACCGAUUCCUGUAAUUUAUGAGUGUAUCACUGCCCAGUGCCCACAACGAGAUUUAGCCGAUCAAAGGAACAAGAAAAAAGAAUGACUCGGGGAACAGCACUAGAAGAUUUAUUGGGUCGAAAGAAUAAUGGUGGAUGAUGCGUCUUAUGCAAAAGAAAGAAGUAUUUCCAAUUAAUCGUUGUUGUCAGUAAUAGUUACAAAUAUUUAUUCGGUUAAAAAAUAAAAUAAAAUCUCUAAUUAAUAGUUGUUGAAUCCUAGACACCAAAAAAAUUCAGAUAACCGAUUAAUAGUUGUUAUCAAUAGACACCGCAUCAUAGGAAAAAAAAAAAUUAUAUUUAGAUUUUUGGGUGCUACGGCCCAAUUAUGUCUUUAAUGGGUCAACUAAUUACCU